AUGGGUAACCUGAUUUGCAUGGCGAAGAAGGAUGGUGGAAGCAAAGGCAACAAUGGAUCGAGGAGCAGCAGGAGGAUGGGUGUGAACAGGUCGCAGAGGAAGUUACUGUCUGAAGAAGAGUUGCUCCACAGGCAAGCUCUGUCCAUGGCGCUUCACCAGCACCAGUUGUCUCAGCGAUUCGAUAACGGAUCCAUGUCUAGAAGGAUCGGGUCCACUAGCUCCCGCAGGAAAAAUCUGCCUGAUGGUGAUGCUUUGGCCAAUGGGGGGAAGCAGGAUAAGGUGCCUGAGAACCUGGAGAAUAUCAAGAUAAAGAAGUUUGUUCUGAUACAUGGAGAAGGUUUUGGCGCCUGGUGUUGGUAUAAAACCAUUGCUCAAUUGGAGGAAGUAGGUCUUGUUCCAGUUGCGUUAGAUCUGACAGGAUCUGGUAUCGACACCACAGAUACAAAUUGCAUUAAGACAUUAGCAGAGUACUCGAAACCAUUGAUUAGCUAUUUGGAAAACCUCCCAGAGGAUGAAAAGGUUAUUUUGGUUGCUCACAGUACUGGAGGUGCAUGCGUCUCUCAUGCGUUGGAGCUUUUCCCCGGAAAGAUAUCCAAAGCUAUCUUUGUCUGUGCUACAAUGGUGUCUGAUGGUCAGAGACCAUUUGAUGUGUUUGCUGCAGAGCUUGGUUCUGCUGAUCGCUUCAUGCAGGAGUCGCCAUUUCUGAUUCAUGGGAAUGGAAAGGACAAUCCUGCCACAGGCUUCAUGUUUGAAAAACAGCUGAUGAAAGGUUUAUACUUCAAUCAAUCACCGACGAAGGAUAUUGCUCUUGCAAUGGUUUCCAUGAGACCCUCGCCCCUAGGUCCAAUAAUGGAGAAGCUGUCACUAACACCGGAUAAAUAUGGGACUUCUCGACGUUUCUAUAUUCAGACGCUUGAUGAUCGUGUUCUCUCACCAGACGUUCAAGAGAAGCUGGUGGGGGAAAACCCGCCGGAAGGAGUGUUCAAGAUCAAAGGAAGCGAUCAUUGCCCAUUCUUUUCCAAGCCUCAGUCGCUGCACAAGAUAUUGGUUGAGAUUGCUCAGAUUGAGUAG